AUGGCGCUGACUCUGUCGGCCACGGCACCCCUUGCUGCUCGGCGUCGCGAAGCAGAUGAAGAGCCUGAUUCUGCCGACGAUUCUGCCUGUGGUGUCGAUCCCACUGCUACCAGUGAGAGUGAGGUGAACGAGGACAGCAGCGACGACGACCUUACGCCUGAUUCGGAGGCGUCGCCCAGCGACGACGAGGAACCGCCGACAGCAGAGAGCGCGAGCAGUGAAGCCGAAGAUGAAGAGGAUAUUAGUAUCUUUUUGAAUGACGCGAGUCCUCGAGCCCGUGUGACUGAGGUGAUUCAUGCGGACGCGUGUGAGAACGAGUGCGUCAAGGGCAAGGCUCGUGAGUUGGAGUUCUUGCUGUGCUCGCUGGACCAGAUGACGAAGCAAGAGCACACCACGAGCUUGUACACGCUCCUGGCUGUGUUGAUGCAGACCCCCACGGUUGAGCGGAAGAGAGGACGGGGUGACCGUGAGAAGUUUCCGUACAUCCUCCCCUACGUAGGUCAUGUGUGCCGACCCACUUUCGCACUCUGCUAUGGAGUAGUCCCCAUUACCUUGCAGCGCUACAAGAUGCGCAUCCGAGACGGUAACAUGUCGAUCAAGGCGCAUGGUAACCGGCUCAACACGCAUGCAGCUCAAGUGAACGUUGUUUGGCUGGUGAAAUGGUUCCAGUCUUUUGCCGAGGAGGUCGGCGAGGUUGUGCCGGUUCGAGUGCGGAUGCAGAAGAAGAAAGACGGAACUACGCAGAAAUACUACAGCAGCGAGAUGUACACGUUACUACCAGCGCACUUCACCUGGGAUACCAUCUACGACGAAAUGCACAAGUUUGUUGAGGCGGGCUUGCGCGUCCGUGAACCCGCUCGGUCGACAAUGAGGAAGAUUUUGACGCUUCACUGUCCAACCAUCCGAAUUCGGUCGCCACGUAGUAACGUGUGCGACGUCUGCUCCAUUUACCACGCUGGAAUGCGCGGCGGCGUAACCAGUGACAAGACGGAGGCGCUGGGGCGGCACACAGAAUCUGCGCGUCGAAUGCUGUAA